AUGGACGUCAACGAGACAUCCAUCCUGUGAUUCUGAAGCAAAAGCAAAUGAUUUUCCAGGGGGUUUCCGUAAAUUAAAACCUUACCAUACAUACAUACAACAACAAUACCCUUCAAUUUCUUGUUUUUACUUCUCUGUUCAUCUGAUCAUAUCAUCAUCAAGAUAGCUUUGCAAUCAGAUCACUGAUCAAUCAAUCAUGAACAUCUUCAAGAAGAAACCCACCCCCAAAGAAGCACUUAGAGAGAGUAAAAGAGAAAUGUCCAAUGCUACUAGAGGUAUAGAGAGGGAAAUCGCUUCAUUGCAGUUAGAGGAAAAGAAGCUUGUUGCGGAGAUAAAGAGAACCGCUAAAACAGGAAAUGAGGCAGCUACAAAGAUUUUAGCACGUCAAUUGGUGAGGCUUAGACAACAAAUAGCCAACCUACAAAGUAGUCGAGCUCAAAUGAGAGGCAUUGCGACCCAUACACAGGCGUUAGCUGCACACUCUUCUGUGGCUGUUGGGAUGAAAGGUGCUACUAAAGCAAUGUCAGCAAUGAAUAAGGAAAUGGCUCCUGCAAAGCAAAUGAAAGUGAUGCAAGAAUUUCAGAAGCAAUCUGCACAAAUGGAUAUGACCACUGAGAUGAUGUCAGAGGCCAUAGAUGACGUUCUUGACGAUGAUGAAGCUGAAGAUGAAACUGACGAGCUAACAAACCAGGUGCUAGAUGAGAUUGGUGUUGAUGUGGCGUCACAGUUAUCAUCAGCCCCCAAAGGAAAAAUUGCUGGGAAAAACACCGAGGACGCUGGCAGUUCUGGCAUAGAUGAGCUAGAGAAGAGAUUGGCAGCCCUAAGAGGUUAGAAUCCCAUGUGGUCAACUAGUCAUGACUUUAUCCACACAGUUCUGCACUUUUGUACAUGUCUCAAUCAAUCAUUUGAUGUUAUCACAAAUCCAUUAUUGUAACUUCUAGAUUUGGUUUUCUAAGUGUUGCCCAGAUUGUUAAGUCGCGUCGUAUAUUUGUUGAGAGUUAUAUUGUGAACUGGUUUGAGACAUCAUGCAUUGAUUGUAACUUGUAAACCAGGGGGUGGUUCAUGUGGGUUUAAACAUAAAUGAUGACAGUUCACCAAUGUAACACACUCUAAUUUUUGUACUCAAUGAACUCAUUUAUUACUUAAA